GAUUAUUAGCCUAAAAUUGUUUUUGUUUUCUUGUUUCUGAGAACAAAAAAAGAAAAAGAAAAAGAAAAAAGAAAAGACAUUGGCUUUGCUUCCAAAGAGAAGGGAGCAUUUUAUUUGAUAAAAAUAAAUAAAUGGGUAGGGUAAAACUCCCGAUUAAAAGAAUAGAAAACACCACAAAUCGACAAGUUACAUUCUCUAAACGCAGAAAUGGACUUAUUAAAAAGGCUUAUGAGCUUGCUGUUCUUUGCGAUAUUGAUAUUGCACUCAUCAUGUUUUCUCCUUCCGGCCGUGUCAGUCACUUUUCCGGCAAGAGAAGGAUCGAAGAUGUGAUUGCGCGUUACAUAAAUUUGCCUGAUCAUGAUCGAGGAUGUGACAUUCAAAAUCGAGAGUAUCUGCACAGCACCCUUAAGAAACUCAAGUCUGAAAAUGAUAUGGCCCUUCAAGCUGCCAACCCUGAGGCUGCAAGAUCAAAUGCAGAGGAACUCCAGCAAGAAGUUUGCAAUUUACAACACCAGGUUCAGAGAGCCGAGGAUCAGUUAAGGAUAUAUGAACCUGACCCUCUAAAAUUCAAUUCCAUGGGAGAACUUGAAUCUUGUGAAAAAAGCCUUUUGGAGAUCAUGGCACGUCUUGAAGAUAGAAAGAAAUAUCUUUUGAGUAACCAUGCAUCUACCUAUGACCCAUCAACCGUACAGGUAAUCAACUAUAUAUAUAUAUGCAUAUGCAUGUAUGUAUAGCUUUUUAAUCAAACC